UUUUUAAUGAAAAUUACAGUAACGACGCCAACACAUGAGCGUGAAUCUCGCCGGGCCCGGGAGAUUCCAUGCGCAGUGGUGGGGGGUUACUUCGUGCAGCGUGGUAACCGGCGCACCAGCAUUCGCGUGUCGCCACGUGCCGCGUUUUGUCACGGACCGUGCGUGAACGUGAAGGUGCAACAGAGAAGUGGCAGUGCGACAAGAAGAAAGAGAGCGGGCGAAAGAAAAAUGGAAAAGGAAAUGAAAAAGGAAAGACCGAAUAAAGAGCCAAUUCGGAGGACAACGAUGACGAGGAAAUCGACAAGUGAAGGCGUUGUAGAUAAUCUUGUCUAUAAUAAUAGCAAAUGUGCUGGCUGUAUACAAACAAGAGGAAAAAAAAAGAGUUGCCACCGCCUCCACCACCGACAUCAUCACCGCCGCAGCCGCCGCCGCCACCGCCGUCACCACUGCCACCGCCGCCGACGACGACGACGCCGCCGCCACCGCCACCGCCGCCGACGACGACAACGACGCCGUCGCCGCCGCCACCACCUGCUCCCAGGAAGAUAUUGCCUGCAGGGUAUACUCCUGCGCCCGGCGAAGAUGCAAUAAUAUACAGCCAGCCGCGACCAGGACGUAUGCCCGUACCGCUUGUUGUUGAACAGGCAUACGUCUCGCAAGAGGAAGUAACAUAUCGAGCGUAUCGUCCAAGACCGCCGCCAGUAACACACAGGGUAAAUAUACAUAUAAUAGUAUAAAAUAUUACACACACCCACACAGAUAAGAUCUGUUUCUAAGUCAUUAUUGUUCUGGCUUUAUCGUUAUUGCAAUAUGUAUUUCGAAUGAAUUGACAUUUGAAACAUGAAUAUAAUGACUAAACGGAGAUAUGAAAAUGAUUGUAAUGCUUGUGGUGUGAUUAAUUUUAAAAAUGUCUUAGAGGUCACAGUUUUUUUGCUUUCUUUCACAUUCAGAUUAGUGUAAAUUAAUUAAGCAGUAAAUAAGGUGAGAUUAUUUUGAAUGCCGUUUAUUAUAAUAAUCUUAUAACAUUUAGCGGGAUUCAAACUGUCUUACCUUACUUAAUGAUGAAUUAUGUUACACAUUUCUGAAUCUGAGAGGAAGUGAAGAGCUGUGUGUGACCUCUCAGACAUAGUUUUUAUAAUUAAUCACAUCACAAGUAUUACAAUCAUUUUUAUAUGUCCAUUUAGUCAUUAGAUUCUUUCUUCUAUUUCAAACGUCAAUUCAUUCAAAAUACAUAUUGCAAUAACGAUACAGUCAAGAUUAGUGAAAGAGGCCCUUAUACUCAUACAGCACAGCAUUGCAAAAACAUUGGAAAAUAUUUCUGCAAUGUUGCA